UUAAAAUCACAAACUCAAUCAUCUUUCUGUUGGAACGCCUCUUAAAGGCACGGGGGCACCUGGAGCCAUGCCGUCCCUGCGGGAAAUCAUGUUGAACCGGGCCAAGGAACCCGCCAAGGUUCAUCCCAUGGACCGGGCGCCGCCAACUCCAUUGACAGCUCCUGACACUCCAAGGGCAGCAACGCCAGAGGGGACGCCGCAGAGGAAUGGCUAUGGACGCCCUCCACGGCCCAAAGCGACCGGAGGACACCAAGCCAGCCCAGGAAGCGCAGGGUCAAUGAAGCCCAGAAGGCCAAGCGAGGAGCGACGACCCAGGGCAAGAGCUGACCUGGCAACACCUCAGAGAGGGCGCAGGGCCCCGAGUGAGCCUCCGCGAGGCAGACAAGAAGAGGAGGAUGGCACACCUGAUGGCAAAAAAGCUGAAGGUGGACUGAAUCCUCGUGCAAAGGCCAGAUCGCUUUCAGCCAACCGUGCUCCUGAAAAAAUCCGAAUAGGUGAUGCCGCACCUCCCAUUGACCGGAAGGGAAUCGGGAAGGUGCCAGCAUAUUUGAAGAGGAGGCAGGAGGAGAUGGCAGAGGAGAAACGAAGAGCGGCACGUCCCAUUUCUCCGCAGCCCCCGCCUGGGUACAGGAAAGUUGAUGAGACUGAGCGACAAGAUACCCUGGAUGUGCUUAGGCAACGGAAGGAUGAGAUUGAGAGAGCACAACGAAGCCUUCCCUUCAAGAUAGAGACUGUCGGGCAAAAGCAACGCGAGAAGGACUUAAAUGACCGCUUGGCUCACAUUGAGAAGCUCACAGGCAUGUUCUCCAAGCCCGUGGUGUUCGUGCCAGCAGAUUCUGGGCCAAUUGCAGCUUCUCUGCCGUCUUUAGGUGAGAAGGAUCGCCACUUGCAAGCAGAGAACCCGGUGGUCAAUGAUCGCGUGACAACAAGACCCAAAGAACGACCGUCCAUCACUGUGAAGCAAGCUCCAGGUGGCCACUCAAACCUCGUGCUUGGCUAGGCUGCCUCUGUGCUGUACAGUUGUCAAAGAUGCGGCCGGAAUGACAAGGUUGUUGAGUGGAUAGUAGGUGCUAGGUUUGCUGUUUUCUUGGGACCCAAAGGCCCGGAACACAGCCGUGCAAUGAAUACGAGAAUCAGAAUGCAUUGGCGAGCGUGGCAACUCAGCAGAUGCAGUCUUUGCACAAAAA